CAGAAAGGCAUCUCCAUAUUAUCACCGACACUCUCAACAAUGAUCCACCUGAACUCGUCAGGACGAACGAAACGACGGGCGCUAGCUAUCUCGCUUGCUCACCUCGGGAGCGAGAUGCGCUCUCUCGUUCAGUCCGCGCGCUCGGCCGCCGUGCCACUCUCGACCAAUCACCGGCCAUCUUCUGCUCCCCCGAGAGCAGAGCGACAGUGCGUGCUCUCAUCACAAUCACAAGGAGACGGCAUCUCGCCGUGCGAGGUUGUCGUCAGCUCGAGAUGCGUUCACUCACGAGCGCACGCUUUUACAUAUUACACAAAAAUUGUGCAUUCAGUGUUGAAUAAGACUGUUGAAUUGUGUUCAAAAAAUAAAUUCAAGUGAUCUGUGAGAGACUAGAUAGUGAGAUCGGACUAUUAAAAUUUCUGGCAUACAGAGACUGAUAUCGCGAAAAUAAUCCACCAUUGGGCGCCGUCGAGGACUUCCAUCCCGGGCGAUGCAGGGUGCAGCCAACGCACCCGCGCCCCCCGCGGCUGAACCACCGUCUUCGCAACAAAUCAAAACAGAGGACAUCAGCGAGGCUAAAAUCGAAGCCGACGAGGAAAUGGAUAAAGUGAAAAUUGAACAACAGGAAAUGAGGAAUCGUACGACUAGUAUUGACAGCGACAACCGUUCGGAUAGGAGCGACGAUGAGGACGUCAGAAGGGCGCGAAAGCGGGCCGCGUCCACUUCUCCUUCCCCCAUCCCGAUGGACAAGAGGGUCGCUCGCUUCGACUGCCCGAAGUGCCGCCAGCGUUUCGAUUCGGUCAACGCUUUCGACAUUCACCGGUUCACAGCGCACGGAGAUGAUUCGAGAACGGGCCACAACGAGGUCAGUCUCGUCGACUACUCGACAAAGAAGAUUCCAGAAAUUAUACGUGCCAGGAACCACGUCUCAUCGACCGAACAACGAUACAAAUGUGACGUGUGCUCGAGGGAUCUCCCCAAUAUUCAAGUAUUUGAGAUUCACAGGAAAACAUGCACACCGAAUCGUGGCUUGAGUCCGAUACGCGACAGACGAGAAGAAUUCUUGGCUAAUCUAGAUCUGCGGACCAAAUCGUUCGGGAUUCCGGGCACGUUGACGCCGCCGAUGGAGAGAUUUACAUCGAAGUUCGAAGACGGGCAUCUCGCGACUAACGGUAUUAGACAUAUCGAUGCAGCUCGAGAUUUGGCAGAUAUUCAAUCGAUAUUGAACGUCACGUCUGCGGGGAGUCUUCUCGAGAGACUCACUGGUAACAGAGUAGCUUUAGAGAGCACUGUACUUACGCCUCCAGACACCGUCGUUAAAGAACGAGAGACUGAAGAGACACAGGAUAACUUUGCCGCUGAAUUCAGGAGGAUGAAGCUUCGGGGAGAGUUCCCUUGUCGCUUGUGUCCAGCUAAAUUUCCCAAUCUUAGAGCUUUAAAGGGCCAUAACAGAGUCCACUUAAGUGGAACAGGACCGGGCCCUUAUCAGUGCAACAUGUGUCCACACGCAUCUUUAGAUAAGGCGGCUCUAGUGAGACAUAUGAGGACACAUAACGGUGAUCGUCCAUAUGAGUGUGCGGUGUGUAAUUACGCGUUCACUACGAAAGCAAACUGCGAGAGACAUUUAAGAAACAGACACGCCAAAGUAACCCGUGAAGAUGUAAAACGCUCCAUCAUUUACCAUCCGUCCGAAGAUCCGAAUAACGACGAAGUCAACUCGAAGCUCGCACGCGAUGAAGUCAAGAGAUCUCUCGCGUUCCACACCCCAGAUAUGGAUAGGCGAAAUGAGAGCACCGGUCGCGUGACUCCGCUAACUCAUUUUACGCCUAGUUUCAUUGCCGAAAGACAUCCGGUCACAACACUUACAUCGAAAGCUUUACCGGAAGCGCCGCUUUUGCGCGAAUCAGACCGUCCCACGCCAAGGAUCAAAGUGAAAGGAAUCGGUCAGUUAAAUCAAAUCCCUGAAUUCAGAUCACCAGAACAAAAUUACAAAACCAAUGACGCUCAUUCCGAAACGUAUGAUGAAGAGGUCCCUGUUGACCUAAGCACGAGUGAUAAUAACAGUUGCGAUGUCCUUGAUCUUAGCAAAAAGAAACGCGAUGCCGACGAUGAACGCAAAACCCCUGUACGCCCUACAUUCGAACCAGAUCCUGCGUCCGUUGCUGCUUCGGCAUUAGAAAAAACGAGACUACUCUUAGCCCAGCAAAGAUUAUUUGAAACGUCGCUCCCAAAAAUUGACCCAGCUUACUAUGCUACUCAUCUAUCUCAAAUAUACGCUGGUGCGGUGCCAGGAAUUCCUGGGCUACCUCUGCCCCCGUCUUUUCCUUACUUUCUUCAACCCUCGUUUUUCCCCCACCCCUCUGACACACAAGAACUUGCAGAGAUAAAGCAACGUAUUCAAAAAGAAAUCAUCCGUGGGCUGAGUAUGUCCGGUGGAAGGCUUAUUCCAAAUGAACAAGAAACUGUUCCUAAAGAAGAACCCGAGGAAGAAGAAGUGAAGCCAAUUCCACAAAUGUCAUCGCCUGCGCUGUCGCCUCACCCAGAAUCUCCCCGACCCCUGAGCAAUAACCUCGUCCCUCAGACAGACUCCGUAAAGAUGGUCAUUAAAAAUGGGGUGCUUAUGCCAAAACAGAAACAAAGACGCUAUCGUACAGAAAGACCAUUUUCUUGCUCACAGUGCUCUGCUAGAUUCACGUUGAGAUCUAACAUGGAAAGGCAUGUAAAACAACAGCAUCCCCAACACUGGAGUGUCCGUAGACCCGCUCAAAGAGGCCCCCCACCUUACACCUCUACGGACGCUUUGGCCGAUCGCGUUAAAUUCGCCCUUUUGGCUCAUCACCUUGAACGACCACUGCAGUCAGAGAGAUCGCCGGCGCGACGAGACUCUGAUGAAGUCGCCGAUAAUGAAGAAGAUGAGGACGACGCCCUAAUAAUUGACGAGGAAACGGAUGUGGAAACCAAGUCCGAAGAACAUACUGCAGCCCGACAAGCAGCUGCCGAAAUACUGAUGGCUUCGCGACAACAAGAGAUCAAUAAAGACUUUGAUCUUAAAAUAGCAGGCAAUUUAAUUAAUAAACCAGUUCCCAUAGCAGAGAAAACAGAAUCUGGACCCGACCCUACACCAGGACAAGAUUUGCUGACCGUUCCAGUUGUACCCACACGCAGUGACGAGGAAGAAGACGAAGAAGGCCUGGUAGCUUCAACAAGCGAGGGAAAUAACUCGGGCAGCGACGAAAAUAAAUCUGAAUCUGAUGUCGCACAACCACCGAAAAAGAAAUCGGCGUACAGUCUCGCACCGAAUAGGGUCUCGUGCCCUUACUGCCAUAGAAAGUUCCCGUGGUCUUCGUCCCUCCGCCGUCACGUCCUCACUCACACGGGCCAGAAGCCGUUCAAGUGUCCCCACUGCCCUCUACUUUUCACUACCAAAUCGAAUUGUGACCGUCAUCUGCUAAGAAAACAUGGGGGGUCAGCGCGUGCCAUACUCGCCGAGCCCAUACCGGACACCGUGAUGGCUCCCCAGCCCGCGAAUGAGAACAGGAGUGUUCCAGAGAGGCCUUUCAAAUGUGCAUCAUGCCCAACCAGCACGUUCUCCUCUAUAGAAACUUUAAAGAAGCACAUGUCCUCUCGGCACGGGACCGACUCGCGGCCGAGCUCGCCAAACCUGGAGAUUAUUGACGACAACUCUGAGAUGGGCCUCGCUUUCAAGUGUCAUUUGUGCGAGGCGUCCUUCGGCGACAGAAGCGGGGCCCUCGCGCAUUUGGCAGCCACACAUGCGACUGAAUACGAACAGCUGGUGAAUAAGGGGGCGUUGGAUGCGGCCAGCGACAGGAGUGAAAGCGCUGACGAUGACGACAGGGGCAAGUUUCCCGAUCACGCUAAUCGAAAGGUGGUCUGCGCGUUUUGCGUCCGCCGGUUCUGGUCCGCUGAGGACCUGCGUCGCCACAUGAGGACGCACUCCGGCGAGAGGCCGUUCGCUUGUGACCUCUGCUGCAGAAGGUUCACCCUGAAGCACAGCAUGCUCCGUCACCGCAAGAAGCACAGGGAGGACCACACUGAUGACGAAGAGACUUCGCCUCCGAACACCCCAAUCGACAACGAAGCCAACGGGUAUCUGUACCGGGAGGACGCCGGAUCCGGACCGGAGACCCCGAGCAACGUGAACAACAACAACUCGCCGCCCUCCGGCCCCUACGAGAAGAAACUAAAACUCGACAUGGUAUCGAGGAAGUACUCAUCGGAGGCCGAAAUCGAAGGCGAAAACGGAAGCGACCUCAUCGGGAAGCUACUGGGAAUCCCCGACAAGACCAUCAACAAACUGCUCUCAUCGGCCGACGAGGCAGCAAAAAUACUCGGAGUCAACAAAUGAGAGUACGCUUUAGUCCUCGUGGCUCCAGCCAGGCUCGUCCUGGCGCCGCGAGGACUAGCACUCCCGGUACAACUUCGAGCGCAACGCUAAAUCGAUGCGACGCCAUCUAUCAACGAGUAGCGGAACUAUUCGCUUUGUAAAUACGCUUUCGGUGCCUUCAGCUGCCUUAUUCAAAAUCCGAAUGCCGUCCGGUAGUGUCUUAUUGUUAGAUUUGGGUGAAAAAACAAACGAAGAUUUAAUGUUUAGUGCCAGUUACAAGUACAUUUUUUAGUGUAUGACUAUUGUAGUUGUAAGUUUUACUCACGUAUUGUAUUUAGUGUUAGCCAGUUUUGUGAGCACACAUAUCUUUUGUAACGAGCAUUUCCAUCUAGUCGCGGCACGUAUAGAACGUAGUUCACCAUUACCUUUUCAAUUUUUACAUUUAAAAAAAAAUAUAGCUCAACUUCUAUUUUCUGUGGUCAUGAAAUGGUGAAAUUCGUUUUCAAACUCACCGGCACAUGUAGUAUAAAACAAACAGCCAAAUAAACCUUUUUUUUUUGUUUUCGCAAAUCCAAAAUUGUCUAGUCAAUAUUGAAACGAUUAAACUAAGCUAAUAUACCAAAAUAAGGAUUAGACUUUUUUUACAUUCAUAGUAUCCGGUCGGUCUUGUGUGACCAGCCUUCAACCAAUGAUAGCACUAAGUUUCGAUUUAGGAAAUUAAGCAUAAUCUUUUCGUAUCUUUCUUAAAGCCUUUUUUGCACUAUCUUUUUUUAUUUCAACUCUAUUAGUUCGUUCGUAAACUCAAAAAAUUAUUUUGCUCAAAUCCAUGGCAUUUCUAUUGACAAAGACUAUUAAUAUAAAUAUGUUUUAAUGUGUGUAAAGACUAAGAUCUCUUUAAAAUAAGUGUACAUUUUUAUUUUUUUUAUUUUUUUAAACGAAUGAGUAUCCUCGGUGGACUAACGUUUACCAAAACGGGAAAGAUUAGUUUAAAGUAUUUUUUUUUUACUUUUAUUUACGAAUUAAAGAGUUUUAUUUAGAUUUUAUUUUUUUAAUGGUGCAACAUUUCGUUUAUGGGUUUAAAACUCUUUAGGGUAGCUUUAGUAUAGUCUCCCUGUAAUAUGGGAAAGAGAUCAUACGCUAGAAUAUACCUAAGUCCGAACAUGCUUUGUAUAUUAUGAGAAUGCUAAAUAUAUAUUAUACCAAAUAUAAAAAAAAAUAUUUAGCCGUGUUAAAUAUAAGAUAGCAUUAGUAAUAACAAUAAGCAAUAUAGGAUUACGUUAUUUGACAACGAAAUAAUUCUUUACAAUUAGAAUUUUAGUAGCUACUAAUAUUAGUCGAAAUAAAAAAAAUCUAUGGCUAUUAGAAAAAACGAUUUUCUGUAUUGAUUAAUAAUUUUUGUAUUGUGAUUUUUUUGUUUAUAUAUAUUCUAAGCACCUGUUUCGUACUAAUAGUAAUGUUAAUAGUAAUUGUUAAUUAAGUUUUUCAAAUGUGUAUUUCUAUUUCCUUGACACUUUUAGUCCAAUGCUUGAAUACUUAAAAAAAAAAUCUUCUCAUGCACGUAGCGACUGAGUGAGACAAACUAUUAUUAUAUUUUAUAGACAUACUAUAUAAUAAUAUAACACUUAGUGUUUUCUUCCUGUUCUAUUUUCAAUUAUUGUAAUUAAGUGCGAGCAGGACAGAGCUUAGUAAAUACUGAGUAAAGUUUAGAUCUCGGUUCUAAUUUCUAAAUAUAAAUAAAGUAUACCAAAGUAAGUUUAGUUAUCGAUUAUCAAUUUUGAUUCCUGCUUCAUGUCAAUUAUAGUUAAUGAAAUAUGAUUAUUAUGAAAUCGUAUUAAAUUAAUAUGUAGUGGUAAUUGCUAGCGAUUAUUAAUAUUUUAUGUGCACGGACCUUAAUAUAGAUGUGAAGUUGAUGAUAUCUUUUGAGAUGAAUAGUAGAAGUGUGUGUGAAUUUUAAAAAUUUAUUAAUUAUUACCAUAUUAUCUUAACUAGAAUAUUAUUGUUGAUAUAAUCUCGUACUUAAAUCGAAACAUUAAUAUAUAAGGAAUUUAGUGUUAAGUAUUUUGGCAACACCGCUUGGCCUUUCAAAUGUAGUAGUGUGUGUGUGUUUAAAAAUAUUACUAGAAUUUUAAGAUUUUAAUACAAUAUAUUUAAAAUGUCAUUUUUUUUUUUUUUCAAAUCUUUCAAUGUGUCCUUGAUAAUUCACAUUAUGCCUCUCUUACUAAAUGCAAUGUAAGUGUCGUUUUAAAAACGUUUUCUUUCUUGUGACAAAUAAAUAAAUAUUGUGUAUUAAAUAGAAA